AUGGCUACACCGCCUAUUUUGAUAACUGUUCGGUCGCCAAAAGCUGCCGACGGAUUCCAUCACAGAAUACUAAACAGUGUCUCAGCAUUUCGUGUUGCUCACGAACCAGCGAAUGCUUCUUACGCUGGUGCUUCUAGUGAUCCAGAACAUAAUGAGCAACCGCCGUCAACAUCACCGAGCAGGACAUCCACCGAGGAUAAUGCUUCCGUUACUGGUUGGUAUUACUUCAGGAGGAGUUUUAAAAAGAAUAGCAUGUAG